GUAAAACCUCCGCGGAUUGGCUUUAGCCUCGGCGCGGCCAUCUUACAUGUUCUCUUUAAUAGCAUUUUUGGCUUUAUCCCUGUGAGUCCGUCUCUAAAUCCUCGACUGCGCUGCAGCUUCUGGGAUACAGGGGCAAUUGGAUCACAGUCCCUGCUGAAGGAGACCCGAAUUGCGACUUGUCGUGCCCCAAAAUCAAGAUCCUGCCGACUGUCCAAUCAGAAGGCAAAUAACUGAUAUGCAAAUAUUAUGUGUCAUCAUCACACUAGCGGUGGUGGAACCGCUGAGGUAGCCAGCACUGGUGGAACCAAAAAAAAAAAAAAAACUUCGCAAAUAACUGCUCUUUGGAAAUUAUUCCCUUUAAUCUCUGCUUGGGGGAAGCCCGUUUUCACAGGGUCAUGUUGAGAUACUGCAUGCCAUUGCUUUGAUUGCCUGUAUGAAUGGAGCUGUCCUGGAUUCGCUGGUGAUUCGGUCUUGAGAAACGUGUUGCUUGUAACCUCGGGAGUAGCUGUGCUGAGCCCUGAAGCGGCAGGAUGACUGAUCCAAUGAUGGACUUUUAUGAUGAUGCUAAUCUCUUUGGAGGGGGAUUAGAGGGGCUGGCGGACGACAGCUUUGCACAGACGGGCCCAGUCUCUCUGGUGGAUGAGCUGGGCCUGGGCGCCGAGUUUGAGCCUCUGCAGGUGGAGCCUCUCGGCCAGGUGAAGCAGCCGGGGAACUCCCCCUCCCAGCCUGGCCUCUGCUUUGAGCAGCAGAUGAGUCAGUUCGAGCCCUUGAAGGGUCACCACCACCACCACCAUCGGCAGCAAGGGGGACAGCCCUUCUCCAUCCCCAACAAAAGCAACAACAAUGUGCUGCCCCGGCACUCCCAGUACACUGCUUCCCCGGUGCACCAGCCAAGCCAGUCGAACGGGUUGUUCCCGGACGUGGCAGAUGGAAGCCCGAUGUGGGGGAACCAGAACGAAGCUCAGUUUCACCAACACCACGGGAACCUCCAGUCUUUGCAACCACAGCAACAGCAGCAGCAACACAGCAAAAGCUUUGCACAUCAUGACUUUUCCUUAUUUCAGACCCUCCCCCCGCAGCAGCAGCAGCAGCACCGCCCUCCUCACACGCUACAGCGGCAACAACAACAACCGCCGAUCAACAAAAACGUUGGCCCGUUUAACCCUGGUGGCCAGGAGGCUGUGAACCAGUCUAGCUCCUUUCUGGAAGUUCACAGAUCCUCACCCGUGGCCAACGUCCACCAUCCAGACAGGCUGUCGAGCCACCCAGCUCCGUGUCAGGCCAGCCCGGCAGUUUCUGCGCACCACUUCUCCAACCCUGCGGCGAGCGUGUCCCUGUCUUUCCCGGGACAGUCGUCGUCUUCUACCUUGAACUUGCCUGCUUGCUCUGUGAAUGCCAGCUCUCUGUUCCCACCUUCUCAAUAUUCCUUCUCUGGCACCUCAAACGGAGGCACGCUGCUGUCUUCCACCCCCGGCAGUGGUCACUCCCUUGGUGUGUCCGACUUCCCUGGAGGGAACGGAGCCUUUCCGCUGAUGGCAGGGACCAACGGGGGAGCGUCGCUGCAGCCGAAUCGGUACCCGCAGGCGAUAAACCCCAGCUGCGAGAACACUUUCCAACCUAUGCAUUCGGGGCUGGGAAGCUUCAAUGGAUCUCCGAUGUCUACGGAAGACACAAGCUGCUACCCGACCGUGGUCAGCAGGUCCUCCGACACUCAGGGGCACGCUAUCCCCCCUGCGGAGCCCCCACUAGCCAGCAACAACGGCUUCCCCACGCUGGAGGAGCACUUGCUCCAGCAGGUGCAGAGUCACAGCGAGGCCUUUCCAGAGCUGGACACGGAUGGCCUCUUGGAGGAAGACCUGUUGCCCCAGUUCGAGGCCUCCUUCGGCCCGCAGGAUCACGGUUGCAUGCAGGAGGAGAUGCAAGACGAUUCGGAUUCCAACAACUCCUGGCCAGAGGAGGGUGGCUCGCCAGGGAACUUCCAGGAACAGCCCCCUUCCUCUAAGAACACUAAUGGUUCAGGCUCCCAGUCCAAGCUGCACAGCCCCCAGGUGAGGAGCAGCCCGGUGUACUCUGAGAGGAGGCUGAAGAAGGCAGCAACGGCAGCAGCUGUGAUGAUGGAGGUCCUCGUGGAGGACAAGCAGGAGAAGGCCAACCGCAUCAUCUCAGAGGCCAUCGCCAAGGCGAAGGAGCGCGGGGAGAAGAACAUCCCACGCGUCAUGAGCCCCGAGAGCUUCCCCAGCUCCUCCAGCGAGGCCCGGCAGGAGCGCAAGGCGGCACGCCGGCUCAAAUCCAAACCUAAACCCAAGGACAAGCUCUCCAAGAAGGCCAAGAGUGGCCCGUCCUCCAAAUCCAAGCAGAAGACCAAAAUCGGCUCCCCCUACUCGAAGAGGGACAGCAGCAGCAGCAGCAGCAGCAAGCUCCCCCACUUCCGCAGCCUCUCGGUGAGCGGCGCCAGUACGAUGACCCCCAAGCCAACAGUACUGAGACCCAUAAACUCAACGAGCUCCCUGCACAAAAAAAUUGUUAUCAAAUUUGGUAAGAAGAAGAGGAAGAGCGAGUCCUCGGAUGAAGAGUCCGACAGCGAGCCGACGCCACGGCGCUCCUCGAAGGACGACGACUCGAAGAGAAGAUCUAAUCGGCAAGUGAAAAGAAAAAAAUACGCAGAAGAGGGAGAGUGCAAGAUAUCAGACGAAGAGAAGAAAGUGACGGUGAAAGUGAAGAGGGCCGGCACUGCACCCCGCAAGGAGCACGCUCUGCAACUGUUCGUGGAGAACCCGAGUGAAGAAGAUGCAGCGGUUGUUGAUAAAAUCAUGUCUUCGAGGAGAGUGAAAAAAGAGGUCACACUAGGAGUGAUGGCUGAAGUUGAAGAGUUUUAUGUAAAAUACAAAAACUACUCCUAUUUGCAUUGUGAAUGGGCCACAGAACAACAGCUCUUAAAGGACAAGAGGAUUCAUCUGAAGAUUAAACGAUUCAAGAUUAAACAAGCACAAAGGGCCCACUUCUUUGCAGAUAUGGAGGAGGAUCCGUUCAACCCAGACUAUGUCGAGGUAGAUAGAGUGCUAGACGUCUCCUACUGUGAGGACAAGGACACAGGCGAGCCUUUGAUUUAUUACCUGGUGAAGUGGAGCUCGCUGCCUUAUGAAGACAGCACUUGGGAGCUGAAGGAAGACGUUGACCAGUCUAAAAUCGAGGAGUUUGAACUACUGCAGGCAGCCAGAGCAGACCCUCGAAGGAGGGAGCGACCUCCAGCCAACAUGUGGAAGAAAAAAGAGGAAUCCAGGGAGUAUCAAAAUGGAAACCAGCUCAGGGACUACCAGCUUGAAGGAGUGAACUGGCUUCUCUUCAACUGGUACAAUAGACGGAACUGUAUUCUUGCUGACGAAAUGGGCCUCGGCAAGACCAUCCAGUCCAUCACAUUCCUUGAAGAAAUCUACCUGACGGGAAUCCGGGGGCCCUUCCUGAUCAUCGCCCCCCUCUCCACCAUCGCAAACUGGGAGCGGGAGUUCAGGACCUGGACCCACCUCAACGUUAUCGUCUACCACGGCAGCAUGAUCAGCCGGCAGAUGCUGCAACAGUACGAGAUGUACUGCAGGGAUUCCAAGGGCCGCGUGGUUCGUGGAGCGUACAAGUUCCAGGCCAUCAUCACCACGUUCGAGAUGAUCCUCGGAGGCUCCCCGGAGCUGAACGCCAUCGAGUGGCGCUGUGUGAUCAUCGACGAGGCUCACAGGCUGAAGAACAAGAACUGCAAAUUACUGGAGGGGUUCAAGCUCAUGAAUCUGGAGCACAAGGUGCUGCUAACGGGAACCCCGCUGCAGAACACAGUGGAGGAGCUUUUCAGCUUGCUGCACUUCCUUGAGCCAUCCCACUUCCCUUCCGAAUCCACCUUCAUGCAGGAAUUCGGAGACCUCAAGACCGAGGAACAGGUCCAGAAGCUCCAGGCCAUCCUGAAGCCCAUGAUGCUGCGCAGGCUGAAGGAGGACGUGGAAAAGAAGCUGGCUCCCAAGCAGGAGACCAUCAUCGAGGUGGAGCUCACCAACAUCCAGAAGAAGUACUACCGAGCCAUCCUGGAGAAGAACUUCUCCUUCUUGUCGAAAGGCGUGGGCCAGGCCAACGUCCCAAACCUGGUGAACACCAUGAUGGAGCUCAGGAAGUGCUGCAACCACCCCUACCUCAUCAAAGGGGCGGAGGAGAAAAUCCUGGAAGAUUUCCGCGAGACGUACAGCCCGGCUUCCCCGAACUUCCACCUGCAAGCGAUGAUCCAGUCCGCAGGGAAGCUGGUCCUCAUCGACAAGCUGCUUCCCAAGAUGAAGGCCGGGGGUCACAAGGUGCUCAUCUUCUCUCAGAUGGUGCGCUGCCUGGACAUCCUGGAGGACUACCUCAUCCAGAGGAGGUACCUGUACGAGCGGAUCGACGGCAGAGUGCGGGGGAAUCUGAGGCAGGCAGCUAUCGAUCGCUUCAGCAAGCCCGACUCGGACCGCUUUGUGUUCCUGCUGUGCACCAGGGCUGGCGGGCUGGGGAUCAACCUGACUGCAGCCGAUACCUGCAUCAUCUUCGACUCGGACUGGAACCCCCAGAACGACCUGCAGGCUCAAGCGCGCUGCCACAGGAUUGGUCAGGACAAGGCGGUGAAGGUGUACAGGCUGAUUACCCGCAACUCCUACGAGAGGGAGAUGUUCGACAGAGCCAGCCUGAAGCUGGGCUUGGACAAGGCUGUGCUGCAGAGCAUGAGUGGGAGAGACAACAGCACCGGGGGGCAGAUGCAGCAGCUCUCCAAGAAGGAGAUUGAGGACUUGCUGCGGAGAGGGGCCUACGGGGCCAUCAUGGACGAGGAGGAUGAAGGGUCCAAAUUCUGCGAGGAAGACAUCGACCAGAUCCUGCAGCGGCGAACCAAAACCAUCACCAUAGAGUCGGAGGGGAGGGGCUCCACUUUUGCAAAAGCCAGUUUCGUGGCAUCAGGGAACAGGACAGACAUCUCUCUGGAUGAUCCAAACUUCUGGGACAAGUGGGCUAAGAAAGCAGAGAUUGAUAUGGAUGCCCUCAAUGACAGAAACAGCCUGGUGAUCGACACCCCGAGAGUGAGGAAGCAGACCCGGCCCUUCAGCGCCACGAAGGAGGAACUGGCAGAGUUAUCAGAGGGGGAGAGCGAGGGCGACGACAAGCCCAAACUGCGGCGUCCGCACGACCGCCUCAGCGGCUACGGCAGGACUGAGUGCUUCCGGGUUGAGAAGAACCUGCUGGUUUAUGGGUGGGGCCGCUGGAGAGACAUCCUGCAGCACAGCCGCUUCAAGAGGCAGCUGAAUGAGCACGACGUGGAAGUCAUCUGCCGGGCGCUGCUCUCCUACUGCCUGGUGCACUACCGAGGCGACGACAAGAUCAAGAGCUUCAUGUGGGACCUGAUCGCUCCCAGCGAGGACGGCCAGACCAAGGAGCUGCAGAACCACCUCGGGCUCUCCGCUCCUGUGCCCAGGGGCCGCAAAGGGAAGAAGAUGAAGACUCAGCCCAGCACUUUCGAUAUCCAGAAAGCAGAGUGGCUGCGCAAACACAACCCAGAACACCUGCUGCAGGACGAGGGCUAUAAGAAGCACAUCAAACACCACUGCAACAAGGUGCUGCUUCGAGUGAGGAUGCUGUAUUAUCUGAAGCAGGAGGUAAUAGGAGACCAUUUCCAGAAGGUGAUUGACGGGGCUGAUUCCAGCGAGAUUGACAUGUGGGUUCCAGAACUGGACCACUCUGAACUUCCUGCUAACUGGUGGGAUGCAGACGCCGACAAGAAUCUCCUGCUUGGCGUCUUUAAGCAUGGUUAUGAAAAGUAUAGCACCAUAAGAGGAGAUCCAGCCCUGAGCUUUUUGGAGCGAGUGGGCAAGCCUGACGAGAAGGCAAUCGCCGCAGAGCAGAGGGCAAACGACUACAUGGAUGGAGACGGUGACGACCCUGAAUACAAACCGGCUCCAGCGCUGCUGAAGGACGAGAUGGAGGACGAUGCCUCAUCCCCUGGAGAGCUGAUCAUUGCAGACGGUAAUGGAGAUGGGCAGAUGAUGAUGAUGAUGAUGGAAGGCGACACAAUAUACUGGCCCCCUCCGUCUGCCUUAACCACUCGCCUGCGUCGACUCAUCACAGCCUACCAGCGCAACACCAAGAACAGGCAGAUCCGGCAGAUCCAGCAGGUGUACCCAGUGCAGCCCAGCGCCCUGCCGCCUGCACACCAGGAGCUCAUCAACCCCAAGAUAGCAGCAAAGAUAGAGCGGCAGCAAAGAUGGACCAGACGAGAAGAGGCCGAUUUCUACAGAGUGGUGUCCACGUUCGGAGUGGUGUUCGACCCAGAGCAGGGCCGGUUCGACUGGACCAAGUUCCGCGCCAUGGCCAGGCUGCACAAGAAGACAGACGAGAGCUUGCAGAAGUACCUGUGUGCUUUCUCAGCCAUGUGCCGAAGGGUCUGCCGCCUGCCCCCCAAGGAAGGAGAAUCUGCGGACCCGUCCAUCUCUAUCCAGGCGAUCACGGAAGAGCGAGCCUCGCGCACGCUGUACCGCAUCGAGCUCCUACGCAAGGUCAGGGAGCAGGUGCUGCGGCACCCCCAGCUCUACGAGCGGCUGCAGCUGUGCCACCCCAGCCAGGACCUGCCGGUGUGGUGGGAAACGGGCACGCAUGACCGGGACCUUCUGAUCGGCGCAGCCAAGCAUGGAGUCAGCCGCACGGACUACCACAUCCUCCGAGACCCCGAGCUGAGCUUCAUGACGGCCCAGAGAAACUACAGCCAGAACAAAGGGGUGCAGUCCAGGACCCCCACGCCCCUCCUGCAGCAGCAGCAGCAUCAGAUGGGCCUGGCUGGGUCUCCCCUCGCACUGCAGCCCAAGUUAGAGGACCCCAAGGCAGGUCAGCCGGAGGACACCCGACCAAAAUGGGAAAGGACUGACUGGAUCAAAGUGGAGCCACACAUUUCCGAGGAGGAAGGGUUUGGGUCAGCAGGGGAAUCCAAGGUCAAACUGGAGCCCUGGAGCCCGCAGGGAGGCGACUAUGCGUCCCUGGGUGUACUGGACAGCAAGGCAGAGGGAGAGAGGCGCAUGGUGGCAGCCAGGACUGAACCCCUAACUCCCAGCUCUGCGGUGAAGAAGCAAAAGCGCAGCAGCAAGAGGGGGCGAGGCGGGGGCGGGGGCGGGGAAGGGGGCGGGGGGUCCGACUCGGACUCUGACGGCUCAUCCUCCUCCUCGCGCUCCUCCUCUUCCUCUUCGUCUUCCUCAUGCUCUCGGUCUGGCUCCAGCUCCUCCUCCUCCUCUUCCUCCUCCUCCUGCUCGUCAGGAUCCUCCUCUUCGUCAUCCUCCUCCUCUUCCUCCUCAGAAGACAGCGACUCCGAGGACAGGAAGGAGAACGUCAAAGUCACCCCUGUAGUGAAAGGUUUCGAUGAAGACAGCGUGGCGUCGCUCAGCACUACCCACGACGAGACUCAGGACAGCUUCCUCACUGACAACGGGCCACCCAGCUCCGCCCAAAUCUUUCAGGGCGGGUACAUGCUCGCUGCCUCCUACUGGCCUAAGGAUCGGGGGAUGAUCAAUCGUCUGGACAGUAUUUGCCAGGCAGUGCUGAAAGGGAAAUGGCCCACAGUCAGGAAGAGCUACGAUGGCACUGCCGUGGCUUCCUUUUACACCACCAAGCUCCUGGAUAGCCCAGGCGCGGACACAGGGCUCCAGGGGCACCCGGCUCCCCGGGACGAGCCGGCUCUGUCGUCUCCGAUGUCAAAGGUGAAGAAGCAUGUUCGAGAAAAGGAGUUUACAGUGAAAAUCAAUGACCAGGAAGGUGGUUUGAAGCUGACUUUCCAGAAGCAGGCCCUCCCCCAGAAGAGGCCCUUGGACAGCGAGGAGGGCCCCCUGGGGCAGCAGCAGUACUUGGCUCGCCUGCGGGAGCUGCAGAGCGCCUCGGACACCAGCCUGGCCGACUUUUCCAAGUCUCUGCCCGCUCCAGUAACAGCAGCAGCAGCCUCUAGCCAGAUGAGACCAAACGGAGUGCUGGAUGGCCAGCCUGCUGUGAAGAAGAGGAGGGGCAGACGGAAGAACGUAGAGGGCAUGGACCUGCUCUUCAUGACCAAGAACAAGCCAGCUCCCAACCAUCUCAGCCCAGGCGGUGGCAGUGGCCCUAAGGACAGCUCCUGUGUGAACCCAGCACAGGUGCUCAGCCAGCCUCCAGGAGCACUGGACACAGAGAGCAGAGUCCCGGUGAUUAACCUGAAGGACGGGACGCGGCUCGCUGGGGACGAUGCACCCAAGAAGAAGGAUCUGGAGAAGUGGCUGAAGGACCACCCAGGAUAUGUAGCAGACGUGGGAGCAUUCAUUCCUGGACUUGGUAAAAUGACAUUUCAAGACGGCAGACCCAAACAGAAGAGGCAUCGGUGUAGAAAUCCCAACAAGAUUGAUGUGAACAGCCUGACUGGAGAGGAGAGGGUGCAGGUCAUCAACCGGCGGAAUGCGAGAAAGGUGGGAGGUGCAUUUGCUCCUCCACUGAAGGACUUGUGCAGAUUCCUGCAAGAGAACCGGGAGUAUGGAGUACCGCCUGAAUGGGCAGAGGUAGUGAAGCAUUCUGGCUUCCUUCCAGAAAGCAUGUUCGACCGCAUUCUCACGGGACCCGUGGUUCGCCAGGAGGUGAGCAGACGAGGCCGGCGACCGAAGAGCGAGGUUUCCAAGGCGGUCGCUGGGAACAGCAGCCCUGCGAUGGCUGUCACCCCUCUGCUGACCAAUGGCCUGCUCUCAGGGAUGGACCUGUCCAGCCUGCAGGCCCUGCAACAGAACCUCCAGAGCCUCCAGUCCUUGCAGCUGACCGCCGGUCUGAUGGGUCUGCCAGCCGGAGACGCCAACAACCUGGCCGCCAUGUUUCCCAUGAUGCUGUCCGGCAUGGCGGGGCUGCCCAACCUGUUGGACAUGAGCGGCCUGCUGGGCACAUGCCCCGAGGCGCCUGGCUCCGAGGACAAGAAGGGAAGCAUCGCCGACCCGUCUACAGCAGAAGCCAAGGGCGACAGGACAGAAGGUCCCCUGGCUGGCUCGGGAGAAGCCUCCAUGACCAGCUCUCCUUCAACCUCCACUGCUGCACCACCAAGUGCUUCUGCUGUAGCCUCAGCAGCUGCAGCCUCAAACCACCCGCUGGCUCUUAACCCCUUGUUACUAUCCAGUAUGCUUUAUCCAGGGAUGCUACUCACGCCAAGCCUUAAUCUUCCUAUUCCAGCAUUGUCUCAGUCUAAUCUUUUCGACAUGCAACAGAGUGCAAACAGUGACUCAAGCGCCACAAAGGCCUCCAAAGGAGCGGCGCAGGAUACCCCGGGCGAACCUCAGGAAGAGGGGAGCGGAGAGAACGAGCGGGGGCCCGGCGGUGUGGACCCCCAGAAGGACAACAGCACAGAAGAGGGCUCUGAGAAAGGGGCUUCUUCUUCAUCGUCAGAGUCUGGAAGUUCAUCAUCUUCAUCGGAUGAUUCGGACUCGAGCGACGAAGACUGAGCCGAUGUGUGUGUGUAUAUAAAUAUAUAUACCCUGCACUUAAAUUGUGUUUUUUUCUUUUUUUUUUUUUUUUUUUCUUUGUACAUAGCAACAAAAAAAGUGUUUAAAAAAAAAAAAAGAAAGAGAAAACCCUAUCUAGGGGUAUCUGAAAUGAAAUUUCAGUAAUUGUUCAGAAGUACAAUAUUGUUUUGAAAGACAGUUUGCAUGUAAAACUUUAUUAGAUUUCUGAAUAUGUGAACUUCUUAUUACACAAAGGUGUACAAUUGCAAGAAAAGAAAGGCAUUAUCAUUUUAAUUUUUGUUGGGGUUUAAUUUUAUUAAAGAGUACGCUCGGGAUGAGCUGUACAUUUAAUAUAUUUGGAGUGAAAAAACAACAACUUUAUACAUAUUUUGAUUUAUUUUGUAAAUAGUUUUACAGCCUCCUUGACACUUCUAAUUUACAGAUCAAACUUUGGAAAAUGCAGCAAUAACUCGGGCAGCUAUUGAAUGUCACAGAAACUGUAGAAUCUCUGUGCUCCUCGCUGUCAUUUCUUCACAUCCUCAAUGAAGGCUAGCAUUUCUGAUCGGAGGCUUUUGCUCUGGGACUCGCCCCAGUUCUGUUAGUGGCUUGGUUCUCUUUGUGUCGCAGGGUUUUCACAGUGACUGCAAUCUCCAGUCCGGUACAGACCGUGGGUCAAGAUUAAUAAGUGACAAGAGAGUGCAUUAACGGUUUUUUGUUGUUGUUGGGUUUUUUUUCCCCCUAAAAAAAAUGUUCUUUAGUAAAUACAAAAACAGUAAACUUACUGAACUGAAUCCAGUAUAUUUUACUGGAUCAGAAAACAGUGCAUAUUUUAGUGUUUCUUAAUAAAUGGAAUCUGAAUUGCACUUUUAACCUUGAUUAAACAGUCCCUAGUGUUUAUCUCUGUGCCCGCAUAGUAAAUUUAUAUUAGAGAGCUAACUGCUCUAUAGAGAUCCUGGUCAGGUCUGAAAUCAAGCCGGGGGGGGGGUGCACGGACAAUCCCCAAGUGAACUGGAGCGAUCCCCAAAGAUCCCUGCUCCGACCGGGAAGGGGGCUCAGGAUGCUGUCUAGUGUUGUAGUGCACUGCUGCUGAUAUUUCAAAUUCAGGUACAGUAAAAAAAAAAAACAUGUUUCCCAGUUAUCCAAUUUAAACUGGCUAUGUUACCUCAGCUGAGCUACAUUAUAAAGUGUACAGCAGUUUCAUUCAUUGUUUGCAAUUGAAAGGUUUUAAAAACCCACAGUAAUCCUGUGCAGUGUCGUGCUCAUCUAGCAGAUUGCUUUUUGUUUGCUAUGUUUUUAAUUUUGAGUUGUUUGGUCUGUGGUGGGCCUCCUCCUUCUCCCUUCUAAAUUACCCAAGAAGGAGCAAGGGCCUGCAAGCUAUCAUGUUGAUAUCUGCUUGGCUGCACUUAGUUCUAUUCCAGAAUGGUCUCCUGAUCUAGGCUGGACACUACAAGGAAAGGUGUGAUAGCCCGAGACCUUUCGUUUUGAAAAGUAGAGAUGAGUCUAUGACUUCACUGAUAUCAGUGCUGUAAGCUGUGCUGAAUGCGGAAAUGAUUUAUGUUGUAUAAUUGAGUAUGCCAUCAUUAAACUGAUCCUUGGGCUUGCUAGGCUGCAAUGGCAUGAAGAUGAGAAACAAAUUGCGUUGUUACACCAAAUGCAGACUGCAAUUUGUCUUUGGCUUUUUUUUUUUUUUACACAGAUUCAGCUAAAGUUAAUAAAGUUCAGGACAAAUGCAGCGCGGAGCAAAAGCAGGUACAGUGACGAUGUCAUUGUUUGCUCUAGUAUUACAUCAAGAAAAUAACUGACCUAAGUUAAAGCAUGGGUCGCAUUCAAAAGGCAGUAUUGUGUAUCCUGUGCCUCUGAGGUUGUGGAGAGUGCGCAGUACAUGUGGAGGAAACCUACACUGUUACCUUGCCAAAUGUAAAACAGGCCCUCCUUCAUUAUAAAACGGUAUCAUGUGAUCUUCAAUUGCAUUCAGAGUUCCUCUCCUAGUGACUGUGGAAAGUCUGCUGUAUUUCAGUUUGGCAUAACGACACUAAAGCAACCAAAAUGUAUUGAUCAGGCUUCUAAAAUGUGUGUAGCAAUUCUCUUCUGAAUAUCAAGGUAAUUCAUCCACAACUUCAGUAUCAAUCAGAUAUCGUAAGGUAAAACUAUCCAGAAGCUUUAGUAUAAUGAUGACAAGUUUAAGUGUGCCAUUCAGUGGUGCUGAGUGGAGGAUGCAGUAUCAUUGUCAGCAGCCUCUCCCCUCGACUGUGUGUGUACUGGUAGGUUGAAUUUGCAGUCUGUGCAAAGCUUCUCUGGUGCAGUUUUAGAUGGAGGAUUGGAGGAAAUACAGCGGAGGUAAAAAUAAGGCUUUGAAUUGGAAGCAGUGUGAGUCGUUCCAGGCAGCCUUGCGAGUUCAGUUACACACGCACUAGACUUCACCCCUGGAGUGUGACUAAUACGUUCAGCUCAUAGCAGAACUAGGCAUGGUCUUGAACUGCUACGCAAUGGGAGUCAUCCACAGAAAAGAGCAAUUACAAAGAACGAGUGAACAAAGUGCGGAACUGAACAAGUGGCAGCAAUUAAGCAAGAGGAAAAGGCUGUUUUUAAAGAGGGGAGUCUGAUAGCGGAAACAGAAGCCCAGUCUAGACACCCACAGAACUGGCCAUGUGCAGCGUUGUGCUGCCUGUGUUACAGUGACCUUCUUAGGGCGCUUUAUCAAAGGAAUGAAUCUAAUAAAGUUUUUUUUUUUUAUGUAGUAGAAGAUGCGGUUCUUGCUCAAUUUGAGUCUAUAGAACAUAAAUGAUUGAUCUGAUAUUGAUCUGGUAUGAGUGUGAGCAGCCUAUAAUCUUAUCACUUUGUUCUGCUUUGUUCACUACCACAGAGAGGUCAUAUUCAAGACAGAGGCUUAUAAUUAUUAUUUUUAAAAUCCAUUAUAAUAACAUAAAAAUACAUCUUGCCAAAACGUUUGUCUAGAUUACUUUAAAUUAAGUUAAUUAGAAGUUAACGAUACUCUAUAGACCGAGGGACUCCCCACCCCCACUGAGUAAGGUAUUUGUCUACAUGAAUUAAUUUUCUGCAGGAAAGCCCAUUGUAAAAGUAUAGCUAUUGUGACCGUCUCACAUCCACUUGUGGGGAGGACAAAAAAAAAGUGUUGAUAAAUUGGUAUUUGUAUUUCUGUCUCUUUCUGCAUCGCUGUGGGCACUGUACAAAAGCAGCCUGGCUUAAUCCUAAUCUGGACCUUGGUGAGUUUGACACCUGCAAGAAAAAAAAAAUCUCAAACUGUCCCUUAACUCUACGAUGAUGUCCCUGUAUGGCUGAAAUCUUCUUAUUUAUUAGUAAAUUAUGCAAUCAAAUGAGGAUAGUAUAUUCUGAAUAUGAAAAUAACUUUCUUUUUAUUUUUAUUUUUUUUAAUGUGCUCGGACUACAGCAACAAACUACAAGUGCUGCAUUGUUUAAUAUCAAGACUUAAAAAGUCCCCAAUAAUGGAGAUCUAUCAAUUAAAACACAAUUGAAAGUGUGUCAGCCAACCAAUAUGCAAAUAGUCUUCUGUAUGCAGGUGUCACAGCAAAACAGAAAAUGUACACUAAUAAACGACACAGUUAAAUCAUUUAAAUGGAAACACUUUAUGUAAAAUAGUUGCUGGAGAAAAUGAGCUGUUCUUGCCUUGUAUUUGUAUCUUUUGUUCCAAGCUUGAUGAUAUCUUGAAAAGUCACUCAGAAGUCCAGUUUUCCUUUGGACAGUUGCAAUAUUUGCAAGUUGUGGUCUGUGUAGUCAAAAUAAUGCUUUCUGUAGUUGAGGAAAAGCAUCUUACAAAAAAAAAAAAAAAAGUCAUUUGUAAUUUAUUGAAUUACUUUCUAUGAAGUUCUAUAGAGCAAAUGGAAGUUUAAUUAUUUUUAUUAAACAUAUUCUUUUGACUAUC